AUGUCAAGUUUAUCUUCAAGUCCGUCUUCUGGUACCUCGCGUUCCAGCAAGCGCCAGUCAUUGAGUACAAUAGAGUCGAGUGUUACUCGGUUGUUGGUGUCUACAAAGCAUUUACUAGAGAGUUUGACCCAAUGGGCUCGGCAUGAGGCGGACGAUAAGUUCGUAAGUGAUGCAUAUGUGAAGUUGGGCAACGACUUUCGAGCCGCAACAAGGGCUUUUACUAGUGCUGGAGUGGAUAUCUCUGAUAUAGGAGAUGUGCCACAGGCAUUAAGGAUUAUUUUGGAAGCAGCGCUUAGUGAACCACCCAGCCAAGAAAAUCUUGAUCGUUUCCUACCUAACAUAAGGAACAUUAUAGUGACUUUACUACAAAACUUGAAGUCCAAGCAGGUGAAAGCGAAGGUACUUUCACAAGAAAAGCAACAACGGUCGAAGCAAUUAACAGCAGAGCAAAUUACGCCAACCCCAACUUCAACUACGGAUACACCAGUUCAAAAUCGGAAAACUUCCAAUCCUCCUCCUAGACAGCCUCAGGCCUCGCAGAAUGAUGCUUUGGCCCAAUUACAGAACAGUAACCUGUUGCAAAGAAGGGCAUCGAAAAGAUUCAGCGCCUAUCAAUAUGCUAAGCUAACGAAUUUCCCUUCACCUAAUGGAUUACCCAAGAUUACAUCCGAUAGUAACACUAAUAGAAGCCUUCUGGUACCCACAAAUGAUCACGUUAGGCGUAUUGAUGAAGUGAAAGAGAUAGAAACAAAAGCUGAGCAGACAUUUAUCUUUUUGAAAAUUGGCAAUAAAACGAAAAAGAUUGAGAUAAAAUUGCCUGUUUCCUUUGCAUCUCUCAGGUUGCUUUUUGUUGAGAAAUUUGCAUACUCGCCGGGUUCAUCUUCCUUUCCCGAAAUUUACAUCGAAGACCCAAAAAGCGGUGUAACAUAUGAAUUGGAAGAUCAUUUGCUUGAUGAUGUCAAAUGUGGAAGCCUUUUGUGUCUAAAUGUGUCUGAUGGCCCUAGUGAUAUUCAAAAAUCGUUGGAAGUACAGUUUGAGAUGUUGACCGCAAAGGUCGAAUCUAUAUCAACUGGAAUUUCAAAUGAAAUCAAAAGUGCCGUCAGUAGUAUAGAGAUCCCAGCACCCAUUCAACCAGCAGUUGUUCAAGAAGGGAAGAAAAUUACGAGCUCAUUGAAUCCAGGGAUAAUAAGAGAAGUCGUGAAUAUUCAACGAGAUCUCAAAGUAAUGAGGCAACUACAAAGCAACAACAAGGAGACCAUUAAAACGAUUCUUGGGGGCUUGAUUCUGAAAGUGAGGGAAUUUCAAGAAUCUGGUCUUGAUGUAUCUAAAUCAUCAAAUAGAGCUUAUAUGGAUUCAUGCCAUCUCAAGCUAUCUGAGGAAUCUGAUCAAUUAUUGACCAAAGUUGACGAUUUACAGGAUAUAAUGGAGGCCUUAAGGAAAGAUGUGGCUCAACGUGGAGUUAGGGUGAGCGAGAAACAAUUAAAGAAUACGAAACGAGAAAUCGAGGAGGCCAGGACUUCUUUAAGAACAAUGACGGGAUAUAUUUCUAGCGAGAAGUCUGUUUGGAAGAAAAUAUGGGAAGCCGAGCUAGAUAAGGUAUGUGAGGAACAACAAUUCUUUAAUUUACAAGAUGAUCUUACUCAAGAUCUAGAAGAUGAUAUUAAAAAGAUUCAAGAAACGUUUGACUUAAUUGAACAAUGCUCAUCAGAGCAAACAAAACAAAGUGCAUACAAAAGAAAUAGGGUAGUGGCUCAACUACAUAUCCCCGAACCAGGUGAAAGCAUCCAUGGUAUGAAAGAUGCAGUUUUGAACGAGGUUGCUGCAUUACGACCAAACCACGAAAGCAGAUUGGAGGCCAUAGAAAAAGCUGAAAAAUUAAGGGAGAGAGAGCGCGAGUUGAUGAAACUCAGUAAGUUUCAGGAAGAAUUGGGCGAGUUCGUUGAAGAUGGAAAACUAAAAAAGUCAGGAGGAAUUGAAGAGGUCGAGAGAAUGAGGAAAGAGAAGGAUAAUGAAAAUUUGAAAAGUUCAUUUGGGAUAAUAUAA